UGAGCAAGUUGCAGUUUGAACUAGAAUGGAAGGAGUCCUCCUUCAUUGACAGUCAACAGACAUGGGCUGAAAGGUUUGACAGCCUGGUGAUGGGAAGAAAGCUUUGGUAGAGGAUUUAGAGAUUAGCAUGCUGGGCCAAUACACCGGACAGACAUGGGAAGCUGAACUCUACAGAGUGUGCCAAGAAAAUGCAACUCUCAUGUCAAAAUUGGAAGCAAGAAAUGAGGAGCUCCGACGAGCUAAUGCCCACAAAACUGCUUUAGCUCGUGAAAGAGAUGAGUUACUGGCACUGUUAGAUGUCACUGAGCGUCUGAAGUAUGAGCAAGGGAAAAGUCGGGUUGCAGAAGAAGAGUAUGGGACAUUUACAUCAUCAGAGCUGGCAGUGCUUGGAGCAUGCAAGUGUCGAGUUUCCAAUCCUGAUCCUUGUGGGUGUGCUCAUGCUGCUGCCAAUCUCAGGAAAGAAGUCUCUAAGUUGAAAGAAGAGGUGGAUCUGAACCAAAGACGACGCGAGGAAGCAAACCUCACAGUGGAUGCUUAUAGAAUGGCAUUUGAGGAGCAGCUGUCAAAGAGUCGAGGCAUGAGCCAGCGACUUGCACAUGUUGCCAGUUUGACUUCCAGAUCUUCAAAAGCAAAGGCUGCCAUUAAGUUUCUGAUUGAAGUCUUGAAUGAUGAUGAUUACACUCCAGCUACAAGCUUAGAUUCCGUAAGUUUGGAGGAUCUCCGAAGCGGGGCCGCAUCCUCAAUGAGCUUGCAGGAAAUGGUGUCGGUGCUCUCUGAUAUGGUGUAUGAAAAAAAGGAAGCUCUUGCACAUCAAAAGUUGGCAACCCAGCUUAUAGCCAACAAACUUUACCUUCUAGAAAAUAGAUUCGCCGAUUGUGAUUCCUCACCAGGUGAUGAUGUACGAAAAACAAAUUCAUCAAGCAUAAAUCAAGUACAGUCUUCACACAAUACUGUAGAGAAUAUUUUAAAGAAUUACUCAAAGGAAGCUUCAAACAUAAUUGAAAACAACAAGGAUACUCAUAUAGAAACAGAGGUCUCUCUUCAUGAUAGUCUUAGUGAAAGCUAUGCACAAGAUAAUGAAUCAAAUGUUGAGGAAGGAGAUGAAGUACAGCCCCAUCAGUCUGUGCUAUCUAAAGACUUUUCUGCUUCUGAUAAUAACAAUGGGGACUCGGGUGUGGAUAUUGCCAGUGUUGAUGCAAGUCUACAUGCAGAGCACAAUGACCAUAAGGAUUAAUGUGUGAUGUCUUCAUGUAACUUAGUGUCAUGGCCAAAAUUUCCGCCUUUUAAUGAGCAGUACUGUCAAGUUUUAAGGAACGGUACAAAACAUGCUUUAAUGUAAUAAUUUUUCCAAGUGAGUAUUUUAACACUUUUAAAUAUUUAGCUUUUGACCAAAAAAAGGAGAUGAUUCUCUGAGUAUCAAACUUUAAGCACCCUGGCAAUACUGUGGAUGAAGGGAAGGAGAGCCCCAGAACUGGUUCUUGAGUUUGUGUCAUAGUUAGUAAUAUAGAUCUGAUGUUUACUUAGUUUUAUGAAGUAGUUAUGUUUUAAGCUCUUUUCUUUCAAUCACCAUGUGUUGAUAUAUGAGAAUUCAUUGGAACCUUUUAAGCAAUAAGGAUAAUAUUGAGGUCUUUUUAGUGCAGUUAGGUGCUUUAGUUUUGAACACAGCUCUUCACCUGCUAUUGAAAAAGAAAUUUGAUAAUUUUGGACCACCGACAAAUCAACAGCACUAAUGUAAUGUGUCUGUGUAUACAACAUGUUUACUGCCAUGUAGAGUGGAAUAGACACUUGACCAAUUUUCCAUGUGUAUAAUGGCUAAUUACAACCUUUCUGAACAGUUUUUAUGCGAGCUAACCCAGUUUGACCUAACUUUCUUCAGUUUAUGCAUAACUAGUGCAUUUGUGUAAAACUUGGGCUUGCUACUGUUAGGAGUGGUUUGUUUGCUAUUAAAUAAUGUGUAAGGCUCUUCUCCAGCUCACAAAUUGUUAUUCCUUUCAACCAAAAAUUAUUUGGGUGGAACAUUAAGUGUCUCUGCUUCUUUUAGUCUUUAAAAUUUGUUUUAAUAGCAACAGUAUUGUGAAGAUGGUACUGGUGAUGAUGAAGGGCAAUGGUUUGAGUCAAACCAUAAGAUUCAAAGUUCAAAUCUUAAGGAAUUCUGUUUGAUACUUGUGCUUUGUGUUGUGAUGGGUCUAGUUAUCUUCCUGAACCACGAUCUUGACACUGCAAUAACUGUCUGUCCCUCUAUGUCCCUCUAGACAUUUCCCCCAACUAUUGUAUACCUCUCCCUGUUCACCAUGGCUGUAGACACUUCAGACUUUUAUGAUCUUUUUAGAAAUUAUACGUCUGGGUUUAGGAUUUUGAUUUUACAUUUCACGGGCUGGUUGCUUUUUUUUUCAAUGAAUACACACUGCCAUCAGUGCCUUUACCUGAGCUCCUUGUUCAUGUUGUAUGUUUUACCAGAAAGAGCUUUUGUAUUGAAUAUAAAAAUCAAACGCAUGUUACCACCUCAGGUAUGUUACCACCUUUUGUUUGUUAAUGUUACCACAUUAUUCUCAUGCUGGACAGAGCACUGUGUUGCUGGAUGUUUUCAAUAAUGUUAUAAAAGGAAAGGGGAAGUUGAGAACUGACAGCCUGGGACAAAACUUCAUAUCAUUGGCAAGCGAUUCAAAUGUCCUUAGAAAUUUUUCAGGAGAGAGAAUAAAACUUUCAUUCUUUUAA